AUGAAGCUGUAUCUAGUGUUAUAUUCGCUUCUUCAAGAUGUGGAGAUUUUCCUGAUCUCUACCAUAUCAAGAAGCUCUUCACUCAUCUUAAAAGAGAAUCUCACAGUGAAGUCUGUGCCGGAUGGCACGAAGCAUAGAGUGGUUGGUGAGAUUUUCAAGGAAUAUGCCCUCCAUUCUCCAUCAGAAUUUGAUCAAGAGAUAGAAACAGAUGUCACAAGUGUUAGUUUAUCCAUCACCAAACCAAGUGAUGAAUUUUCUGUGCCAGAAUCCACUUCAUAUGACAUUGAGGAAUGUGAGUAUUUUUCAUCAAAAGAUGGUUACACUCAAGAGGAGCAAAGACUAGUAUUGUUUAAUUCUGGCGAAAGUGACACGGAUCAGGAUGAAUCAAGCAUAAGUUGCUAUAUAGGGCGUAAUCGUGCAUCGUCGAAGAAAAGAUUAAGAAGAAGAUCAUCUUUGCUUGAUAAACAAGGCACAGUUGAAAUAGGAUACACUUUGCAUUAUCAAACACCGAGUCCACAAUCAAGUUAUCCCAAAAAGAGGCUAAAGCAGCAUUCCUACUCAGAUUCAUGUGAGAGAAAUAGUUUGGACUUUAACAUGAGUGAAUGCAGCUGCAACUUGGAAAGCUCUUGUUAUUGUUUUGUUUACAAUGAAAUAGAAAUGUUUGAGUACUUUGGAAACUCUUCGUCCACCAAUGUUUUCCGUGAAAACACUUGUGAUUGCUUAACAACAACUCCUUAUUCAAGAGACUUGACUUUGACCAUGCCUUCAAAGUGGAUGGAGAAUUACAAAGAGAAUCUGGCAGUGACAUUUUCAUGUCCUUCUCCACGACCAAAACAUGUUCAUCCAAAGUUACCAGAUAAUUAUGAUGACUUUGUUGCUACAUUCAUGGCUCUUAAGAGAGAGUGCAAUCUUAGAAGACAGUAACGGUUUAC